AGUAACCACAGCAAUCAGUUAUGGGAUAUGGUGAGUAAGUUCCACCAAUAGCUGUGUUUGUGUGUGUUCAUUUCUGAAAAAGACGAUGUGGACGAUGUCAGGCGGCCGCAUUUACUCGGUCAAACUCCAAUUCCGAAGUCGAUGCAAGGGUUAGUCUCCUCCCCCGAUCCCUGGAUUGAUCUGGUGAGACAUCUGUCACCUGCAUGUACCUCUAUUGAUGUGGAAACAUCCCAUUUGUUGCCAUUCCUACGCCUUGCUCUUUGGUCUGCACUCUCUCCUUGGCAUUUACAAAGCGACGAUUAAGAUGGGCAUGAAGUAACUGAGCCCCUCCCCCCUCUUCGCUCCAUGACGAGUUCACUUCCCAGACAUGGCUUCCUAAUUCUCACGCUGCUAACUCUUCUUCUCGUGCUUCUCUGGCCGGCCUCCUCUUCCCAGGGAGUGCUGGUGGAUCAAGACAAGGCCCGGCUGGGGUCGGCGCCGCCCAACUGCCGCAACCGGUGCAACCAGUGCACCCCAUGCACAGCGGUGCAGGACCCGGCGCCGCCGGCCGGGUCGCGGCCGAGGGAUGGCUGUUCGUUGCCCAUCGACAAGUACUCCAAUUACAAGCCGUUGGGGUGGAAGUGCAGCUGCGGCGAUCGCCUGUACAACCCUUAGAUUAAUUUGAUGCAUGGUGGCUAGUUGGAGAGAAUUCUCCCUUAUUGUACUAUUUUUCUUAAUUUAAGUUGCAGAAACCAUAAGAAAACAAGUGGCCUAUCUUUAACAUACUUACAAGCAUUUGCAGUCGCCUUCGUAUUA